GUGUGUGUGUGUUCGUAUUCCAUUAUGGUAUUUAAAACAAUUUUUUUAAAUUUAUAUUUAUUUAUUUUUGAGAGACAGAAUGAGACAGAGCAUGAGUGGAGGAGGGGCAGAGAGAGGAGACCCAGAAUCUGAAGUAGGCUCCAGGCUCUGAGCUGUCAGCGCAGAGCCCGAUGUGGGGCUCGAACCCACGAACUGUGAGAUCAUGACCUGACCUGAAGUCGGACACUUAGCCGACUGAACCACCCAGGUGCCCCUACUAUUUUUUUCAAAGUGAACUCUGCCCAAGGUGGGCUUAAAUUUAGGACCGAGAUAUCGUGAGUCACAUUCUUUACUGACUGAGCCAGCCGGGCUCCACCCAUUAUAGUAUUAACUUUUGAAAAGAAGCUCAAAGUUAAAACUUCUUCAAAGUCAAAGUGUCAGAGCAGAAAUGAGAAUUUUAAUCAAUUUUUUUUCAUCUGUCACAGUUUCAGUGUGCUUUAGCACCAUUUCCUUACAGAAAAUUAGUGCAAAUUUGUAGUGCUUCCCUGAGCAACAAAAGAGAGGCAAAGGUGAAAUUAAUUUUAGCUUUAAUGGUAAUAGCUCCUUUUUUCAAAGGUGUUUUUAUUUAAAAUUACUGUGUAUUCAGUAGAUUAAAAAGAACAUUUUAAUGUGCUAGACAGCUUGUGAGGGUCGCACAAACUGGGUGUGGUCUUGCGUAGCCACAGUAGCUAGCUGGCAGGGUGGGGUGGGGGAGGAGAAUUAGGGGUUUAGUGUAUUAAACCUGUUUCUUUGUGCCUCAGAGAACACUGGUGUGGCUUUUUUCCCCAUUCUCUUCCUCUACUUCUUGCAUGAGACACCAUGAGCUGGGCUGGGGGAAUCCUGUGGGCAAGCCAGAGACCAGGCACCAUAGGAGUGAAUUUCUUUUGCCUAGGGAUGGCUCUGUGUCCCUGCCAGGUGGCAUGCAUCCCCUUUAGGGACAGCUGGUCCUUCAGUCCAAUCUCCAAGAUUAUAACUUUCAGGUGUGAGCUUACUAAGAAUUUCACUUCAGAGGAGACAGUUCAUCACAAUAAGAUCUCCGUUAUAGGAACUGGAUCAGUUGGCAUGGCCUGUGGUAUCAACAUCUUAUUCAAAGGCUUGAGUGAUGAAGUUGCCUUUGUGGAUGUUGAUGAAGGCAAACUGAAGGGUGAGACAGUGGAUCUUCAACAUGGCAGCUCUUUCAUGAAAAUGCCAAAUAUAUUUUCCAGCAAAGAUUACCUUGUCAGUGCAAACUCCAACCCAGUGAUUAUCAUAGCAGGUGCAUGUCCAGGAAAAGGAGAAACAUGCCUUGAUGUAGUCAAGAGAAAUGUGUCCUUCUUUAAAUUAAUGAUUCCCAACAUUACCCAGUAUAGUCCCCAGUGCAAAAUGAUAGUGGUUUCCAGUCCAGUGGAUAUGUUAACUUAUGUAGCUUGGAAGUUGAGUGCAUUUUCUGUUAUUGGAAGUGGCUAUCUGGAUACUGCCCAUUUCUGUUUCUUUAUUGGGCAAAGGCUCGGUAUCCACUCCAGAAGUUGUCAUGGAUGGAUCUUUGGAGAACAUGGAGACUCAAGUGUACCUGUGUGGAGUGGAGUUAACAUUGCUGGUAUCCCGUUGAAGGAUCUGAAUUCAGAAAUAGGAAUGGAUAAAGAUCCUGAGCACUGGGAAAAUGUCCCCAAAGAAGUGAUAACCUGUGGUUAUGAGAUGGUUAAAAUGAAAUGUUAUAGUAAUUGGGCUGUUGGCCUAUCUGUAGUUAAUUUAAUGGAAAGCAUUUUGAACUAUCUUAGGAGAGUGCAUCCAAUUUCCACCAUAACUAAAGGCCUCUAUGGAAUAAAUGAAAAGGUAUUCCUUAGUGUUCUUUGUAUCCUGAGAGAGGAUGGUAUUGCAGACGUUCUAAAAAUAAACCUGACCCCUGAAGAGGCGGUCUGUUUGAAAGAGUGCAGAAAAGCUCUGGGAAAUAAGGAGAUCAAGGUUUAAGGUGUUUAAAGCCACCCUUAUGAAGUUAUUGAUGGAGAGAUAGUAGUUAAUAGGAUUAUAUAUCAAACUUUUGAAUAAACUUGAAUUCAUAUAUGUAUAUAUAUAGUAGUUGCUAUUUGGUCUAAAUGUAUGAUGUAUGUGUUUAACGUGUUAUAGAAGUUCUGGUUCUUUUCAUCCAGUAUAUACCAAUUCUUUCAUUCUGGCUGGAUUUCAUAUUCAUUUAUAUGCUGUUUUAAAAAAAAGUUGUAACUUCCUCUACAAAUAUAAAAAUAAAAGUAUUUACAAACAAAAAUAGCUCUGUUGAUUCCAAUUCUAACACCAAAUAAAACCUUGAUUUGACCUUGAAAAACAAUUUUUAAUAUUCUAAGGUGUAACUUAUUCUGAAAUCUAAAUGUAUUGUCUUUAUUAAAGAUUUUAAUGAAAGCUGCCUUAUAUUUUAGAAUCCUUCCUGUGUUUUCAAGCAUAUUUUGAGCACUUAGAACGUUGAUACAAAAUAUGGAGUAUGGAUAUUUAUUUAGCCUACUUUGAUUUUCUUUAGCUUUGUUUUCUUACAUAAAAUGUCAUUUUAUAAUUAGUUGAUUGGCAUGCUCAUUAUAAUUUGUGAGACUAGGCCAUAGCCCUUGGGGAAAAAAAUCAAUUAUUGAUAAAAUAUAGAGAUCAGAUUUUCUUUUAACUUGGAAAAUGAUUCAUGUUUCUAUAAAGUCUUAAUUCCAUCACUCCUUACAAGUUUUACUCUGUCAUAUAUCUGACUCCCAUUUGGUGUGCUGUGAUCUUUAUAUUUUUUAGGAAAUGAUCUUUAGAGAAUUCUGCUCAUCAAAACUGCUUCUCUUUAGAGUUGCUUCACCAUUGAAGCCAAUUAAAAUUUUUUUUCCUCAUCAAUAUACUGGGAUAAAAUCCUAUUCUGAAGUGAGAUGUUUUUAGAAAUUAAGGGCAUAUAUAUUUUUUUGACCUUUCAUUUGGAUGGGAUUGUGGGACUCAUUUUUAAAAUGGUAA